UACAUUUAAAUAAUAUUGCUUAGAUCAAAAGAGGAGCACCAUCGCAAUUUAUGGCCACAGAGGCCAACAAAGCCCAUCACACAGGUCAACCUAAGUUUUCCACAGACGUAGCAAUAUUGAAAAGAUUCAAUUCAAAGUUUCUUCUUACACUGAAUUGAAGUCAGUUGAAACAACAAUCAUUGUUGACUACAUGAUAUGACAGCUAUAUCAUAAAACCUUGUCCCUCUUUCCCUCAAGGAGG